AUGCGUCUUUUUUUGAUCAUCGCAUUAUGUGCUGAUUUAACAGCGAAAUUCGUGGUCGCCGAUGGAGAAUUCGAAGUUAAAAGAGGUGUAUUUCCUUUUAUGGCUUUCGUUUAUUACCCGGACAAAACAGUUGUAGAUAGUUCUGGUAUACGACUCAAGAGAGGUGCGGUCUUAAUACGGCCUGACUGGCUCGUGACUUCCUCACUAGAAGAUGGACAAAUUUCGCUCGCGUUUCCAAAAGAGACAUUGGUAGCGAGACUCGGAGCUAUCAGAAUAGAUUCUAAAUUCACUCUUUUUGAGGAUGAGGACGAACAAGAACGUGAGAUAAUUCAAAUAGCACGUCCCCAAAACUACAGUGCAAUGGAAUGGUGGUUCGCUGAUAUAUCAUUGUUGAAAACUCUGCUCCCUUUUAACAUAACAGCGGCAGUUGGUCCAGCAAUCAUCAACACUAAACCCAGGGAUGCGGAUAAGAGUUGCUUCAUACUAGUCUACGCUGCGCCCAAUGGAAAUGCAAGCGACGAUAGGAUGUUGAUGCAACUUUCAAUAGAAAUACUAGGCUCAUCUCCGGAGAACUGUGGCAGCAACUACAUGAGAAGUAUGAUGUGUGGAACAAACACUGAUGACACGAGAAAAUAUCCUGGUUUCUGUGAGGGUAAUAGUGGAGGUCCUCUAGUAUGUGAUAAUGAAGUGAUUGCGAUACAAACUUACUUUAAUGAUUGUAAGCCACCUCACCGAUAUCAAAUCCUGGGUGCUUGGGACAAUUUAAUAACAUGCGCCUUAGAGGACAAAUGCAAAGAGGAGCAAUGCGCUAGAAUUUGCAGCACCAUACAUAAAGAUUCCGAUGACGUUGUCAUUCCGGAGAAAACGUUAUCAGAGGAAGCAAAAAUACAUUCCGACGACGAAAAUAUCUCUACCACUGACGGGCAAGAAGUAGGCCAAGAAGUAUCAAGUACCCCUGUAGAAGCAAGAAGACUGCUGCAAGAUAAUUCGCACUUUUUGUCCUUUAACUCUGGCUUGGUUCAUACUGAUUCUCCUACAGCGAAUUCUACGGAAGCACAGAAUACUAAGGAGACAGUUCUCAGUAGUGAAGUUGAUACUACAGAGAAAUCAACGUCCACUACGAAUGACCAUACUGAUGAAGAGCAGCAGGAUGCAAUUACGAAGUCUCCCAGCGCAGCCGUCACUAUGAGUCCAGAAACAGAAAACAUGCCCGUAUAUAAAACUAUGGAAUCAGAAAGCAGUGUGCCAGAGAACCUCAUAGAAAAUUCACAACAAGAGGAGCCACCGCAACGGCCACCACUCAAAGUGAGAAGCGAAGCUUCGAUAAACGUUAAUUCAUUCUAUUUCAUGUUAAUAUUGGCUAUGAUUAAUUUUACAUAG